AGGUCGAGAUGAGAAGCUCUAAGCAAAGAGUAAAGUAUUUGCUGACCAAUUAAGCUAAGUAUGUCUUUAAUCUUCCGUUUAAGCCCUAUCCGUGGACUAUAUAGGGGGCGGAAUGGAUAAGGGGUUUGAUACUCACUAACUACAAAGAAUUGCAGUACAAAAAAUAAUGGGUUGCUGGUUUCCUUUGAAGGUUUGGUCGAUAGUGAUCAUCGGUUUUUGGGUUUCAAGCUUGAGGCUGAAUUUCGCGACGCCUGUGGGGUUUCGGAUGAGUCUGAGCAGACAUCACGGCAUCAGUACAGGCGAAAAUUUGUCCAGGUUGGAGCUUUUGCGAAUCGGCAUAAAGCACGACGCCAAGAGGUUCGGCGCCUGGGCUGCUACUGCGGCGGCGGCGGCGGCAUCGCGGCCGGAGCGAGAGGGGAAGGCGGCGAUCUCCCGGGUACAUCCCGCGCCCGAUAACGGGGGGUUCUUGAUGGACCUACACAUCGGGACUCCGCCGGUGAAAUUGAGGUCUCUCGUGGACAUUGGCAGUGACGUGACGUGGACGCAGUGUCUGCCAUGCUCGAAAGAGCGGUGUUUUGGUCAAGACACUCCCAUCUUCGACCCCAAGAAAUCCACUUCUUUCCAAAAGUCCGUGUGUCGACGAAAUAACACACGCGGCAGUUGCUCCCGCCGCAUCAAGUACGGCGAUGGGUCGACGGUCGAAGGCUUCGACGCCUCAGAGACUUUGACAUUUCAGAACCACGUUUCUUUCCCCAACGUCACCUUCCUCUGCGGCAAAAACAAUAGCGUCGGGUUUGGAUUUCAGCACACCUCAGGUUUGGUGGGUCUCAGCCGCGGGCGGCUGUCUUUGGUCUCCCAGCUCAACCUCUCCCAAUUCUCCUACUGCUUGCCCGGCCUGGGAAGCAAUUCAACCGGCACCCUUAGACUGGGGGAUGCAUCAUCCACAGCAGGCGGUGGAGAUCAGGUGACUACGACGCCAUUUGCAAAAAAUCCAGCUUCAUCAAACAACUCAGCCAAAUCGCAAUAUUACUAUGUUUCCGUGGAAGGAAUCUCGGUGGGCAAGACACUGCUGUCAUCAGUGCCCAAGGAGGCGUUCCUGCUGAAUCCGGACGGGAGUGGAGGGAUGAUUAUGGACACCGCCACCAGCCUCACUUACCUUCCGACGGCAGCCUUCAAUGCGGUCGUUGAUGAGGUGGGGAAGCAGCUGAAUCUUUCUUCGGACAAUAGUUCCGAUCUACCUUGUUUCACGCUGCCAAAGAAGAGUGAGAUCAGUUUCCCUACGCUGACGCUCCAUUUACAGGGCUCCCACGGCAGCAGCUGCGCAAAUCUGAGCAUCCCUGAACACAAUAUGUUCAUAAUUGAAGAGGAUUUCGGUCGUAACACUACUUGUUUGGCAAUCGGUGACGCUGGAGGUGGAGGGUCGUUUGGGGUUUUGGGGAACUUUCUACAGCAGAAUAUGAUGGUCAGCUAUGAUCGGGCUGAGAACAUGCUUUCCUUUGAGCCAACGAAUUGCAGUCGCCAUUCCGAUCCGAUACAUCCUAGCUAGCUUCCAUUCAUGUCAGCCCGCAUACAUUCUGCCAUUCAUAAGGCCGGUAUUGUGGGCUAAUUAUAUAAAGUACUCUAUUAUUCAGUACUCCAUAUAUGUGUGUAAUUUCUGUUAUAUUAGGGAUCAGAUCACUUGUUUUUUGUUUUGUUUUGCUUACAUUGUUACAUGAGGUUGUGAAAUACACAUGUAAGGUUUUACUUGUUUGAUCAUGCACGUGCCCUGUUAUUUGCAGACUCCGGAGUAUGUUUUCACUUAUAAAAGUAUUUUCACAAAACUUUCAUAUUAUAAAUAAUACUCCCUUCAUGUCACUAGCAUUGUCCAAUUUUAUCUUUUCGAAAAAUCCCAAUAAGAUUUUCCCAUAGCAAUGACGUAAUACUAAAACUUGAGCCUGUUGUUGAACAACCGGCACUCCCUGAAACCAAGGUCAGAGUAAUAAGUACUAAUGUAUCCUUUUCCAAACUAGAUUGAGCAGCUGUGGGCAUACACCAGGAAGCAUAACCUACGGGAUCUGCAUGCAGUGGGGGGGAGGGUAGACCUGGCAUAGUGAUAAAAUUUUUGCCAUUUUGAACUCAAGAUAAACAUAUGAUCAUUUCAAUUGAAAUGGAAGCAGAUCCCUGGCUUCCAAUGUUAGAGGAUUUCAUUUUUCUGUGCAUCAGUGUGAAAGAUGGCAGAAGCCCGUUCUUCGGGGCUUGCGGGUUAGUUGUGUGAGGACCAUGGACACCAUUAAACCAAAGUUAUUGUUUUUGAGAUAAUCGUGUUCCAUACUAUCUGUUCUCCAGCAACUGUUGCAUGUUUUCCUUCAGCAACACAGUGGUUUAAUUUGUUUUGUUCUGCUUUCCAUGUUGUUUAACAUUGCAAUCUUUUACUCCAGUGGAACUUGAAUUUCUAAUGGUGGUUGUUUUCUUAAUUUUUUUUGCAGCCACCUCCAUCUGUUAAUGAUACAAACCCUUAUAAUGUAAUUAGACCAAAGGAAAAGGCUCAAAGGCUUCACACUAGGCAGACUGAAUAGAGUACCUCUUUAGUACUCUUUGUGGUGAAUAUUUUGCACACUGUCGUAGUUAGUUAAUGCUUUAUCUAAGCUCAUCAUCUUUGUAUUCGUGUUUUGUUUUUCUUUGUUUCUAUUUCCUUUGAAAAGCUUCGUCAGGUGAGCUUCAUGUCCAUUUGAGAUGCCAAUCUUUUUUUCUCUUUUAAUUAACUUGGAUUAUUGUAGUUGAUAUCAUUUCUACUUCAAUAAACAAAAUCAAAAGUGCUUUUCUAUGUGGUGUAACUUCAAUACAGGAACCCAAAAAGGCUUUUUCUAUGUAAGUGCUUCACCUUCCUUUGAUAUCCUUUGAAUUGUUCCCUUCUAUUUGGUGUCAAGAUAUUUGAAUGAAAUAGAAGUCGUGUGCGCGCUUGCGGGCACGCGCGCACACACACACCUGUAAUCAGACCUGGAAAGGGUGCGAAUGGGGUCAUGUUUUCACUCGGUGUAUAUCAAACUUCAAAGGACACUCAUAUAAAUGUUAUGGAGCUAUGAGUUGUAUGUAUAUUUGUAUUGAUAUUAUUUCUGAGCCACACAUGUCAGAAGAUAAUCAUGUACUUUGAUUCUUUUGUUGCUGGUUGAAAGUAACAAAUGACAUGCGAUCUUUGGGUUAUAUGCAACCUUCAACAAGUAAAGUCCGUUCUUGACACUCUCAUGAAGAGGGAAUUGAAGAGAAAAUGAGACCUUAUGGAGAUUGAAGUUGGCCUUUAGAGGAUUCAAAUGCAACAUAAGGUAUGCCCAGAAGCAUGUUGGCAUCAGAUUCUCAAUUUAUUUUCAUGUUUCCUAUAUUUUUGGACUAUGGUGAUGGUCUCAACAAGGGUGGUUCAGAUUGAUGACUUAUCCAUUAAUUUUUUGUGUCCCACAACUUUCACAUUGUGGUUAUGCAAUAUACAAUUUGAGGCUAAUGAGGCAGAAGAAUUUGCUGCUAACAAUAU